UUGAAUUAAGCAUCAUUCCUUCGUUGUCUAUUUGUAGAUUUAGAAAUGAACAAAGUUUUUUUAAUUGCUUUGUUAAUUGCUGUUCAAAGUUCUGUUAACAUUAAUUGCAUUCAGUCAAAAUUUGUGACUUUAUGGACACCAAAAUUUGUAAAAGAAAAUGAGACACUUUAUGUUUAUUAUACAACCAAAGAAGCAAUUGACGAUGAAAUCGAUAUAAAUAUUUUGUUUCAAAAGAGUGGCAUAACUCAUACGCUGAAUGAAGGCAAAUUAUUUAAUGAAAUUAAAUUUACAGACACAUCAACUGUAAAUAAUAAAAAUAAUUGGAAAGUAAAUGUAACGCUCGCCCAAAAUCGUCCAAAUGGCAUUAAAAUGUGUAUGCUUAAAAUAAUGAACAUCAAGACGGAACGAACAUCUCGCAAUAUAUUCAUACAACUUGAUAAGCCAGUGUACAAACCAGGCGAUCUUGUAAGGUUUCGAGUGAUUGUUCUAGACAACAAUUUAAAGCUUUAUCAUGCAAACAACAUUGAUGUGAAUAUAAUUGAUGCACUGGGUAAUAAGUUAAAAGUUACUGAUGAUCUUUCAGGUAGAGAAAGAGCUGUGAUUGUUGAGAAAUUCCAACUAGCUGAUGAGACUGUUCUUGGUGAUUGGAAAGUAGAAGUUAUAGUUGAAAAACAGAAAGCAACGACUAAAACAUUUGCAGUCCAAAAGUAUGUCUUGCCACCAUUUGAAGUCGUCAUUAGGACAUCCGAAAAGCAUUAUCAUAAAGAUUAUGACAUAAGGAUCUUCUUUCAUGGACGAUAUUCAUUUGAAGAAUAUGUGAAGGGAACUUUUAAAAUUAUCAUAACAAAAAAGACGAAGGAUUCAUCAGAGCAGGUCUAUACCAAAGACGUUUGGAGUGACGGUAAAAUGGAAUCAUUAACAUGGAAGGUUAGAGAUUUUCCAGUAACUGUUGAAUACUUAGAAUAUGAAGUAACUGCUGUUUUAAGAGAGCCUGUAAGUGGAAUUGAGUCAAAUUCAACAACAACAUUUUACGUCCAUAAUGAACAAAAGUAUAUAAUUAAAGUUGGUCAUCCGGAUAAGUUCCAACCAAAUCUUCCAUUUCGAAUCAAGGUUUUUGCAUACAAUUGGGAAGGAUAUCCAGUUGAAGACUCAACAGAAAAUCCAGACAUCCAAGUUUCAUUUACAACAAAAAAUGGAAUUUUUCCAUCAAUUUAUGGCAAUCCAAAACUUAUUAAUGGUGUGGCUACAUAUGAGAUUAGAACUGAUGAAAGUCACAUGAAAUUUAAUAUUGAAGUAAAUUUUAUAAACUCUAAAGUUUAUCGAGCUUCAAUUGAUAGAGGAUAUCAAAAUGUAUCAAUUGAUGGAUUAGUUGUCUCACAUUCUCCGGAAAGUCCAAAAAUUGGAGAUUCUGUUGAAAUAUUCGUUAAAAGUGACUCAAGCAUCAACAAUUUAUUUGUGAUAUACACGACACAAAAAGGAAAUGUAGCCAAAGAAUACAUUUCUUGUGGUGGAGGCAAUAUUUGUAAAUUCAAAUCCAAGAUUGAUGAAAGUAAAGUACCAAGUUUUACUGUUUCUGUGCAUCAAAUUGAAACAAAUCCAUUUAAGAAUGUAAGCAUGAAAUUUAAGUCAAUUAGCAACUCAGAAGUCUACAUUUUGGCAUUUGAUAAACGAUUGUCAUAUUUGGGUAAAGGAAAUGAUGUGACUAGUGAAGAUAUUAGAAAAUCAUAUGAAGACUAUAAUGGAGAGAAUAAUUAUUUAGUGAUUGACUUAAACAUCAACAAUGAUUGGCAUCCAUGUUCUGAAAAGGAACUAGAGUUUAUCAACAAAGGUCGAUUGUCAGCUGCACAACAUUCAAAUACAGGAGAUACAGCUGUGUUAAUUGAUGAUGACUUUAAUGAUAUGGAUAUAGAUCCUAAAGCUGAUGAUGCAAACGAUGAUAAGUCAAAUAUUGACAGAGUUCGUCAGGAAUUUCCAGAAACUUGGAUAUUUGAGUCCUUUAAGAUUGAUGGUGGAAUUGAGAAAAAGAUGAAAAUGAGAGUUCCAGAUGCUAUUACUACAUGGAUGAUAUCAGCAUUUGCAGUCAAUUCUGAAACAGCAAUAGCCGUUGCAACACCAAAGGAAUUGACAGUAAAAAUGAAUUUUUUCAUUAAGAUCAACUUGCCGUACUCGAUUCGAUAUAAGGAAAUCCUUCAAGUUGAUGUUCUCGUCUAUAAUUAUGUUGAAAAGAGUAAAAAAUUGACCGUUGACGUUAAAUUGGAAAAUUUAGACAAAAAGCAUCCAAAAACUGGAGCUACAAUUAAAGAAUUUGAGUUUAUAGACCAAAAUUCAUGCACACAGAGUAAAAAGGACAGUGAGACGAGAAGUAAUAUUGAAGUACAAGAAAGGACAGUCAAAAAAGUUUCAUUUUUUGUCCGGUCAAAUCCAGAUGACAACGAGAAUGUCAUCAAAAGAAAAAUCAUACUUCAGGUAAGAGCAACUGCAAAAGACUCUAAUAAUAAGGUGUAUAAAGAUGCAGUCAAGAAGGGUUUAUUGGUGGAGCAAGUUGGAGUUCUGAGCUUUUUCCCAGAAGGAUGUGCUCAGCAGAGGACAGACCGUUUCAAAGCAUUAUUGGAGUAUUAUCGAUAUUUGCUUAUGAAGAAGCUGGAUAGGUCUGUAGCUUUGAAUCAUUUGAAUAAUUAUCAUGGACUAGUUACUGCAGCAGGUACAAUAUCAACUAAUGGAUAUUGGAAAUACAGACGUACAACCGGAUACACUGCAUAUUUCACCGAAGCCUUUAUAUCAGCAAUUGAAAUUAAUGCUUAUAAUCUCAAUCAGACUUUUAUUGAACAAGAACUUGAUCAUUUAGUUGGACUUCAACAGUUUAAUGGAGAAUUCAGAAAUACAAUUAAUGAAUUCCUGUUUCCAAGCUUUGACAGAACUCGGACAGUAACCGCGAAUUAUUUUGAUACAGCAUAUGCAAUGAUUCCCCUUUUGAAGUACAAAAAAGAAUUAAGUAUUCGGGGAAUUAACAUGAAGCAAUCGUAUCAAAAUGCUUUAAAUGAAGCUUUUAAAUUUCUUGAUAAACAACCAACGUUGACUGUAGAAAAUGAUGGACUGUCAAUGGGAGCUUAUGCAUAUGCAUUAAAUAAUGACGUGCUGAAAGUGGAAGCAAUCUUUGACGCGAUUAAAAAGGCAACGAUUAUUUAUCCGGGCAAUAAAGUUUGUUAUAAAGUCAAAAUGAGUGCAACAAGCUGUGACUUCCAACAUACAGUUUAUGUAGCCUUAGCUUAUAUUGCAAUGAAUGACAUUACAAGUGCAGAACCAAUCAUUAGUUACAUUUUGGAGUAUCAUUAUCAAAAUAAAUAUUAUAGUAAUACAUUUCAGUAUGCUAUAGCUACAGAAGCCAUUGCUAAAGUUGCUGGAGUCAUGAAAAAUUUAAACACAAACCUAAAAGUAACCUUAAGCAAUGAGCAUUCAUAUAAGGAACAUUUUACAGUGACAAACGCUCAAUCAUCAAAAUAUCAGGACAUCUCAUUACCAGAAUAUACAAGAACUAUAGAAGUCAAUGUGUCUGGUGAUGGUUACUGUGCUGUUUCAAAAAUUUUUGAAAUUAGAGACACGACUGCACGAACAAUUCCAUUUUUUAAGGUAUCUGUGGAACCUAUUCAAAGUCAAAAUUCCGUUCAUAUUUGUGCGUUGUAUAAUCCAAGUCUUGAUCAAGACAAGCCACUGGAUGUCCUUACGAAUGUAAUUUAUGAAGUUGAAACACCAAGUGCCAUAGAAUUUGCUACACAGUCGGAGUCACCAUGGGCUGCAUUAAUAAUGCUGCCUAAAAAUGCUCGCUGUGGUGGAGCCUUAAUAUAUGAUCAAUUUGUCAUUACCGCUGCUCACUGUUUUGACGAAAUCGACUUCACGGAUGAUGCACAGUGGAAUGAAAUUAGUGUUGUUCUUGGUGAAUGGAUUAUCAGCACUGAGCCAGACUGUCUUGUCGAUGAAGUUUAUGAUUAUGAAGGAGAUCUCAUCAAAAGUUGUGAAUUUACAGCAAAAGCUUAUCCAGAACAGAUAUUAAUUCAUGAUGAAUAUGAUGUCAAUUUAGGAAAUAAAAAAUUCAAAACAGAUAUUGCAAUAAUCAAGUUAAAAUGGAAACCAAGAAAGUCAGUAUUGAUUAAAAAUGUCGAACUUCCGAAAAAAGCUGAAUGUGAAAAAAAUUCAGAGGGUGAAAAUAUAAAGUUUACUGGAUUUGCUGCAUUUACUAAAGUAGCGUGCUUCAUUGAAUGGAUAGAUUCGAAAAUUUUGGAGUUAACACUUGCAACAAGUUCGCGAAAACCAAAACCAAUAACUAUAAAAACAGAAACAAACGAUGCAUCUGAUGAGAAUUCAAAUGAAAAUAAUGUAACUGUUAGAGAUGAUUAAAUGAUUAAAAGCUUUGUAGGUGCUGCAC